GCCAAGGAGGCGCACGUCAUGGCGUGCACUGAGAGGAUCAAGGCAAAGAAGGACCAUGAGGAUGCGGUCCAGUCGCUGGCAUCGACGGUGCACAGGCGCCCUGCGGACGACACCACCACCAGCGAUGGUAAGAAGGUCAUCUUCACUCUCGACAUGUCCCUCCUCAACGAGGGUCUCGACCAGCUCGACGAGGAGAAGAGGAGGGAGUUGGAGGGCCACCGCGCAGCCCUUGACACAGCGUACCAGACCAUGGUCGCCGAGGACGCAAAGGUCAGGGAGAUGUGGGCCAAGAUCGAGGAGAUCAAGGCAUGCCCGCACAAGCGGGCGCGGGUCGAGGCCGCCAGAGCGGAGGAGGCCCCAGUGCAGCAGGUUGUCAAGGAGCAGCCUGAUGUUGCCAUGGCGGGCGAUGAGGAGCAGACGGUCGAGAGCAUCGCUGUCCCAGGCCUGGACAAGACCGACCCCGAGCUGCUCGCGGCCACCCUCGAGCAGUCCAUCGCCGACGCGCGCAGCCGCCUGCCGGCCCCGCAGCGGCGGCAGCGGCCACCAGUGGCGCCAGCGGCGGCCCGCCCCUGGCUGCGGCAGCUCCUGCUCCUGCUCCUGGCGGCGCUGGCAGAGCUGCCAAACCGUGCGGAGGGGGCCGAGCGGCCUCCAAGGGGCCCCAGCGGGGAGGGCGGUCGUCUCCCUAGCGGGGACGAGGCCGACGGAGGUGCAGGAGCCCAGGCUGCGGAAGCUCUGAGACAGGAGGCAGCCAGCAUGCAGUGCACCAAGAGGCAGCGCUGCACUGACGCGACAGUUUUCUUCAGCAACAUCACGAAGUGGGGCCCGCAAGCGAGAGGCUUCAUGCGGGCCCAGGCCGAGGGCUACGACAUCGUCGGCCUGGUAGAGACACAUGCUAACGAGAACGAGACAAGCAAGGCGCGUAGCGACUUGUCUCGAGACGGAUGGAAGCUACUUGGCACACCAGCGAGAUUGACGGGACGCUCUGCGACGGGCUCAUCAGGAGGCGAAUGGAUAUUGGCCAAGAAGCAGAUACAGACUACUUCUUUCGAGGCAUGGAGAGAGGCAGGCAGAAACAAAUCUGGUCAGGACCCGUUCGAGGGGUUCUGCCCGACUUGCUGGCACCUCAAGUCGGGAAACAUCGUGAUCGUCAGUGCCUACCUCCUCCCUCAGCUCGGGUUCAAGGAGGCCAACCAGCGGACCCUGGUUAGGCUCGGCGCGUUCCUCCGCCAGCUGCGUAACCCCUGGGUGGUCCUGGGCGACUGGAACAUCACGCCAGAUGAGUGGGACAAGACACAAUGGCUCACGAAGCUCAACGCGGAGAGGCUGCUGGUGGAGAACUGCACCGCCACGUGCAACAGGGGCUCGGGUAGCACCAUCGACUAUGCCCUCGUCUCCAGAGGCACGGCAGCCCACCUGAAGCUGCAGGCUGUCGAGGAGGUCCCGUGGAAAGACCACAUCGGCCUGAAGCUCAUGAUAAAGGACGGCAAGCAGAGGUGGUGGCACAGAAAGCUGGACAUCGCGCACGAGCUCCCCACCGUCCCGCGGCCCAAGAAGCAGGCCGACCCGAACAGCAAGAGGCAGAGGGGCUUACAGAAGGCCAAGGAGGAGAGGCGCGCCAGGCUCCACGAGCACAUGCAGGCCGCCUUUGACGAGAUGUACGACGAUCUCGACGAUGACGAUGACGGCAGGGAGGCUGCACCCACCACGUCCUUCAACAUCCCAGUGCAAGUGUGGGAAGAAGCGAGUGCUGCAUUGGACGGCAGAGGACUGACCCCAGGAAAGGCAGCAUGGCAGAGACCAGCAGCCCCACCGACAGCAACAUUGAGAAGCAAACAGAGUAAGCACCACUUCUUGCUGACGAGGGACCCGCUGGGCCAGCAGAAGAUCGACAGCCACUUCGCGAGGUGGAUCACGACCCUGGAGCUUGCGACCCUCCAGCACCACGAGAUUGACACAGACAAGCAGGAUGCCUACAUGGGCAGAGGUAGAGGAUAUGCCAUCAAGUGGGUCAGGACCUCGGCCACACCGGCGCGAGCGCACCUCCGAGACCCACACCUCGAGUGGUGGCGCAUUGCGGUGACGCUCCUCAAGCGCUACGAGAUGCUCAGGCGCACCGAAAGGAUCACAGAGGCCACCAGCUGCAACGGCAAGAUCGUCGAGAUCAUGCAGAAGGCCGAGGAGAUGCAGAUCCAUGAGGUGUUCAACAAGGACGACGGCGAGGAGUUCGGCAACUGGAAGGCCAUGAUGAUGACGCUGCAGACCAUCCCCGUCGAGGAGGUGGCCCCCGUCAUCGAGACCAGCGAGAAGUACCAAGGGAGGGCCGUCGGGCAGGCACUCACCAAGUCGAGGAAGGCCUUCCAGAGCUGGGCAAUCAAGAUGUGGAAUGAAGCACCGCGGCACCUCCACAACAUGGUCAAGGACCCGAGACCUGAGACAGUUGAGAAGAUCUAG